AUGGAGAACAAGACCUUCAGAUGGAAGAUGUUCUCAUGGGUUAGUGAGAACCAGAACUGGCAGAACCAGACAUGGUACAGGCAGAACCAGACAUGGUACAGGUACAACCAGACCUGGUACAGGCAGAACCAGACCUGGUACAGGUACAACCAGACAUGGUACAGGCAGAACCAGACCUGGUACAGGUACAACCAGACCUGGUACAGGUACAACCAGACCUGGUACAGGUACAACCAGACAUGGUACAGGCAGAACCAGACAUGGUACAGGCAGAACCAGACCUGGUACAGGCAGAACCAGACCUGGUACAGGUACAACCAGACAUGGUACAGGCAGAACCAGACCUGGUACAGGUACAACCAGACCUGGUACAGGUACAACCAGACCUGGUACAGGUACAACCAGACCUGGUACAGGUACAACCAGACAUGGUACAGGUACAACCAGACAUGGUACAGGCAGAACCAGACAUGGUACAGGCAGAACCAGACCUGGUACAGGUACAACCAGACCUGGUACAGGUACAACCAGACCUGGUACAGGUACAACCAGACACGAUACAGGCAGAACCAGACACGGUACAGGCAGAACCAGACCUGGUACAGGCAGAACCAGACCUGGUACAGGUACAACCAGACAUGGUAUAGGCAGAACCAGACAUGGUACAGGCACAACCAGACAUGGUACAGGUACAACCAGACAUGGUACAGAUAAAACCAGACCUGGUACAGGUACAACCAGACCUGGUACAGGUACAACCAAACCUGGUACAGGUACAACCAGACCUGGUACAGAUAAAACCAGACCUGGUACAGGCAGAACCAGACCUGGUACAGGUACAACCAGACCUGGUACAGGUACAACCAGACAUGGUACAGGUACAACCAGACAUGGUACAGGUACAACCAGACAUGGUACAGGUACAACCAGACCUGGUACAGGCAGAACCAGACCUGGUACAGGUACAACCAGACAUGGUACAGGUACAACCAGACAUGGUACAGGUACAACCAGACAUGGUACAGGUACAACCAGACCUGGUACAGGCAGAACCAGACCUGGUACAGGUACAACCAGACCUGGUACAGGUACAACCAGACAUGGUACAGGUACAACCAGACCUGGUACAGGUACAACCAGACCUGGUACAGGCAGAACCAGACCUGGUACAGGUACAACCAGACCUGGUACAGGUACAACCAGACCUGGUACAGAUAAAACCAGACCUGGUACAGGCAGAACCAGACCUGGUACAGGCAGAACCAGACCUGGUACAGGUACAACCAGACCUGGUACAGGUACAACCAGACAUGGUACAGGUACAACCAGACAUGGUACAGGUACAACCAGACAUGGUACAGGUACAACCAGACCUGGUACAGGUACAACCAGACAUGGUACAGGUACAACCAGACCUGGUACAGGCAGAACCAGGCAUGGUACAGGUAGAACCAGACAUGGUACAGAUAGAACCAGACAUGGUACAGGUAGAACCUACUGUGUGGGUCAAUCUCACACACAUUUCUGACAUUUCAAGCUGCUUAAUUUCUUCAAAAAUAUGAUUAAUUGACCAGAAGAACCACAAGAAGGUCUUUGGUCCAGAAUGACGACUAUGAAGAUUCACAUCAGAGAGCUUACAGCAGAUGGUAGAACACAAUCGGAACCAGCAGAGUCCAAUAGGAGCUAACAGAACCAAACAGAACCUAGUAGGAUCCAAUAAGAGCUAACAGAACCCAACAUGACCCAAUAGAAGCUAACAGAACCCAACAGAACCCUACAUGAGGAACCAGGAAACCACAGGGUUUAAAUGGACAGAACCAAACAGGAGUCAACAGAGCUUAAUAGAGGUCUAUAUGCUCCAAAAAGACCCAACAGAACCCAACUGGAGCCAGCAGUAUGCAACAUGACUAAACCAGCCCGCACAAGAUCCAACAGAACCCAACAGAACUCCAACCAGAAGCCCAGAACAUCAGUUUAUGAAUAGAUAAACAUUCAUAAAUAACUGACAUUCAUUUGUUCUGAUGAACAUUAAUGCAUUAAUUAGUCCUCUAAGGUUCUGGUUCUGUUAGAACCUCAGUAAACACUAACAGACUGAACAGUGACUCAUCUUAAACCAGCAGAAAAAACACAAACUGCAGAAGAACGAAUAGGAGAUAAAUGAGGUGAUUUAACUGUGUGUGUGUGUGUGUGUGUGUGUGUGUGUGUGUGUGUGUGUGUGUGUGUGUGUGUGUGUGUGUGUGUGUGUGUGUGUGUGUCCAUGAAUACCCUUUGUCCAAAUUGUCCAAAUGAUGCAGUGUCCUCUGGGUGCCAAGUGUGUGUCCAGAGUUUCUAAGACCGCUUAGAGGCCCUGAAACUCAUUAUGGGGCUGACUAGCAUUAUGUUCCACACACACACACAUGCGCACACACACACACACACACACACACACACACACACACUAUGUCUUUCUAUCAUUGUGGGGACAUACCAUUGACUCCCAUUCAUACCUAACCCUAACCUUAACCAACACCAAAACAAUGUCUAACCCUAAAGAAACGUUUUUGCACUUUUACUUUUUUCAGUAACAACAACAUGACCAAGAAAACAGUUUCCCCCCGUGGGGACCUCAUUUUUGGUCCCCACCGUGACACGAGUCCCCACUGAGAUGGCGUGGAAUCAGGUCAAAGUCCCCACCGGUAUAGAUGAACACACACACACACACAUACACACACACACACACACACACACACACACACAGAUUUAUAUUAUUAACAUCCUCCAGAUUUAACUCAGUCUAACGCUUCACUGUUUCCUGGUUUUAAUCCUGAUCCUGAAUGCAACUAGAACCAAAAUCAGAACCAGACCUUUAAACUAACCCUGAACCCAAGGCUUCAUCUGACCUGUACUGACCCACUCUAUAGGAGCUUUAUGAGGCAGGAAAUGAUGACCUUCUUAUCUUAACGUGGAACCUGCAGCACAACGUAACAAACACUCGGUGAUGCCAGCAGCUCUGAGCCAAGAGAGGCCGGGUCGGGGUGCCAGAGCUCAGGGCAUCUCCAGGGAGGUGGCACCCAAACAGCCGGCAAACACUGCAUUUCUGUAGCCACUAAACAUCCAGCUUAGCAACAGCUUUGUGUGGAUGCAAACGGCACAAACACCACGAAGCACAAACACACUGAUCCUCCAUCCUCACAUUCAGACAGAAGCCCUGGAGACAUCCGAGGACAGCUCAUCCUUACAUAUCAGCAGCUCCAGGACCAUGAGGAGGACCACCUGCUGCUCACUGGGAUCAGAGAACCUGAAGAGCUUAAGCAAAUUCCUUCACCUGGACGUUCUCAACCAUUAAAAGUAAAGCCACCUGUCAGAGAAAAGAAGAAAGCAGGAAUUCAUCCCAACACUCCUAGGAAGUUCUUCUGGAGGAACGUCUGAGAGAACAAACACAUGGAAGAUCUGUUCCUCUACUGUGUGUCCAUCACACCAGAACACAUCCAACAUUUACACGAUAAAGAGUCUCCACUAGCCACGUGUUCUCCAGGUGUUCUCCAAGUGUUCUCCUCGUGGUCUUCUAGUGGUCUCCAGGUGUUCUCCUCGUGGUCUCCAGAUGUUCUCCUAAUGGUCUCCACGUGUUCUCCAGGUGUUCUCCAAGUGGUCUCCUAGUGGUCUUCAGAUGUUCUCCGAGUGGUCUCCAGAUGUUCUCCUAGUGGUCUCCAGAUGUUCUCCUCGUGGUCUCCAGGUGUUCUCCAGGUGUUCUCCCAGUGGUCUCCAGAUGUUCUCCAGGUGUUCUCCCAGUGGUCUCCAGAUGUUCUCUAGGUGUUCUCCCAGUGGUCUCCAGAUGUUCUCUAAGUGUUCUCCUAGUGGUCUCCAGAUGUUCUCCAGGUGUUCUCCCAGUGGUCUCCAGAUGUUCGCUCGGUGUUCUCCUAGUGGUCUUCAGAUGUUCUCCGAGUGGUCUCCAGAUGUUCUCCUAGUGGUCUUCUAGUGGUCUCCAGAUGUUCUCCUAGUGGUCUCCAGGUGUUCUCCAGGUGUUCUCCCAGUGGUCUCCAGAUGUUCUCUAGGUGUUCUCCCAGUGGUCUCCAGAUGUUCUCUAGGUGUUCUACUAGUGUCCAAACUGACAAUAACAUAAGAAAUGGUUGUAAAGAAACAUGGGAACCACAAAAUGACCACAAAGAUACACAAGGCUGAGACGACCAACAUCUGGAUCAUCUAGAACCAGCAGCUAACUGGUCUGGAGUUCGAGUUCUGGAUCAUCUGGAACCAGCGGCUAACUGGUCUGGAGUUCUGGUUCCUCUGGUUCUCUUCAGACCGUAGAGCAUGUCUGAUGCUGCAUUAGAGGAAUCUUUCAUCUGAAUCCUCCAUGAAGUUUUGAAUGAGAAUUAAAUGUAAUUAUUUUACCAAUCACUGCUGUGUGGAGGAGCUUCAUCUAAGUAAAGACCCCCAGGAACAUCCUCUAGGUGUCUCAGGUGGAGGAACCAGACUUCUGGUCCAGAGAGGAGGUCUGACAGGUCAGGGUUUGGUCUGAUCGAAGCUCACAGAAUGAAAACUAGCAGUUUGAAAGGGAAGAUAAACAAUGUUCUCAUUAGAACCACUGUGUUUAAUGUCCCAGAGGUGUGAGCAUGGAAUAAACCACUCACUUGUUAUGUCUUAUAUGAAUUAUUGCAUUGAGAUUUGGGGAAAUUGUUACAAGACAAAUUUAAUUCCAUUAGUAAAUCUUCGAAAGAAGGCCAUUCGACUUGUUUACAAAGUUAAUUAUAAUGAUCAUACGAACUCACUUUUUCUCAAAGCACAAUGUUUAAAGAUGAUGGAUGUGGUAACAUUUAAAACAGCUCAAGUUAUGUUUAACGCAUCAAAGAAAUGUCUACCAGGCAACAUUCAAAAUUUAUUUAAAGAUAGAGAAAGUCAUAUUAUAAUCUCCGUAGGAUUAAUAAAUUAUACCAACCAACAGCAGUAACUAAACGAAAGUCAAUGUGUAUCUCAGUGGAGGGAGUAAAGCUUUGGAAUAGCCUUGCAGAUGAGUUAAAGAAUUGUGCAAAUCUGUUUCAGUUUAAAAGUCUGUUCAAAAAACAAUUACUGGAAAAGUACCUGGAAGAGACAUACUGAUGCCUUUAACAUACAAAUGGUAAUUAGGGGUGGGGUAUGGGGUCAGAGUGUGAUUGGGCCGAUAUUUGUUGUCCUUGUUGUCGAUUUUCUUAUUGUCCGGUAGGGUACUGAUAUGUUAUGAAUGUGGUGGUGUGGUGUGAGGGGUUGGAAAAUGAAAAGCAAUGCUUCUUCCAUCCCCUUUUCAAACAGUAUGAGUAACUGUAAGUUAGUGGGAAUUGUAAAUGUUUAAUUGUGUAUGUGGGGUUUGAACCUGCAGCCAGUCAUUCCAUCACUGCAGCUGCAGCUUCACGUGGGCCUGAUGGUGCACCAGGGAGAGCCAGAAGAUCACCCUCUGCAGGACGCUGUUGAACAUCUCCCAGUGUGAUGGUUAAAAACCAGCAGAUACAUCACCUGAAGAACAGAACAUGACUAGAGAUCUGGACCCUGGAGGUGACCUGAAGGAGUUCCUCUGGAUUGUCUUCUCAGUGGUGGAUAAUGUGGCAGGAGAUGGACAGAUAGUUCAGUAAGUAUUCACCAAACCAGGAGCUGAGCUGGAAAACUGAACUCUGACUAAAGACAGAAAGACGGAAACACAAGCAGAGCUGAGUUGUUCCUUCAAAGAUCCAGCUGAGGAGGUUCAACAUCUGGUCAGGAUCCUUCUCCUUCCAGAGGUUCUCAGCUGGAGGAGAGCAGAACUCUGCAGGGAUCACAUAUCUCAUCUGGCCUGAGAACACCUCAGAUCCUCCAGAAGGAAACUGGAAAACACUGCAGCCAGAGGAACACCUGGAAGAACCAAGAUGAGAAGAUCAAGAAGAAGAACGAUGGAACUGGUGUGGUUCUAUCUGUUUAAACAGGUGAAUGAAAGCAUAGAUCCUUGAAUGCUGAUUGGCUGCUACUUGUGACCAAUCAGGAUGAAUCUGUGAGACAUUCCUGAGACCACAGACCAGCAGAUCGUUCUGUUUUUACAACAUCGAGAAUGAGAAGAAAGAUGAAUACAGGAAGUCCUCCACUUACAUCAGAGUUCUGUUCCUACAGAUGGAUGGAAGUCAAUUUUCGCCGUAAGUUGGAACUUCGGUGAAAAUGUAACCAAAGUCGUUCCGUACAUCACAAUAUCCAUCAGUUCUUCAUAAAGUCCUUAAUACCAACAACUUUUAUGCACGUAUGAAUCAUUUUACGAGAAGAUAACAGAACAUGUUGACCUGUUUUUAUAACUUGAUCUAAUGUUGCUGUUCGUCCGUGUUUCUGCUCCCAGAGUUUCAGUAAAUCUAAUUUCACCUCCAUGGUGUGCUGCCCUUCAGGCAGAGAUAUUGAUGUACUUUUAUUUUGAAAAAGCCUUUAUUUUGAAGUUGUCUUGACAGUUUUCACCUCCUGUCUGCUAAUUUGAUGUUUAGCUUUACACUCUCUACUUUGUAAACUCCACAGAGGUAAUGUUAUAAGUAAUUAACUUCAUUUCUGGACUUCCUGGUUCCGUUAAAAGGAUUUAUUUAAUGUAUUUGUUGUUUUAUUCUGUUUUCACUCUGUAAUGAGGAUCAAGAGCUACAGUAAAAAAGUCAAGUUUG